AUGCGUCUUCUGGACACCCGCAGCUUCGAACUGGCAGAGUUCGUCGACAACGUCCCCAAGUACGCAAUUUUGUCGCACACAUGGGGCACCGAAGAAGUUCUCUUCAACGAUCUCCAGGGAGGAGGCCGCCCCUCAACCGGUGCUGGAUGGGCUAAGGUUAAAGGCGCGUGCGACCUAGCGCGCAGCCGUGGAUUCGCCUGGAUCUGGAUCGACACUUGCUGUAUCAACAAGAGUAGUAGCGCGGAGCUCUCGGAGGCGAUCAACUCGAUGUUCAAAUGGUACCAGCUCGCCGAGGUCUGCUUUGUGCACCUUGCGGACGUUGGCUGGCACGCACAUUCUGCAAGUUGCAGUGAGAAGGAUGACGAGCGAAUACGUGGCAGCCGAUGGUUCACGCGCGGAUGGACGUUGCAGGAACUGCUUGCCCCUAGACGCGUCGAAUUCUAUUCUGGGGGGAGAUGGCGACUUAUCGCCACUCGAGCGGAGCUGGGUGCGGUCAUAACGAGCGCAACGACGAUAGAGAGUGAUUACUUGAAUAACCGCCCUUUGCACACAGCGAGUGUGGCGCAGCGAAUGAGUUGGGCUUCGAGAAGACAGACGACAAGAGUUGAGGAUACGGCAUAUUCCCUUCUGGGCAUCUUUGGGGUCAAUGUGCCCCUGAUAUACGGAGAGGGCGAUAGGGCGUUCCAGAGAUUACAAGAGGCCGUCAUCAGGCAAAUCGACGACCCAUCCAUCUUCGUUUGGGGUUCCAUAUCCGACCUGGACGAUCCGAUGCGUAAAUCCAUGUCAUCACGGAGUCUCCGGGAACCUCUUCUCGCACCUGGACCACAUUCGUUCGAGAACACCGGCGACGUCAUCCCCUUUCGGAUGCUUGGUGUCGAAAGCAGGCUACAUCUCGAUCAUAAUGGCAUAACGAUCACAACGCCACUGUUGAAGCAGCGUCCGUCUAAUGGUUGGACACGAGCAGGGACGGAAUUCUUCCUGGCACCAUUGCAAUGCCGACGAAAGAGUGAGCCGCUUGAUUGCAUUGCGUUGUAUCUCUGGGGCGAGAGUUCCGGCAAACUGGAGAUGAACUAUUCUAGAGCCUCGAAGCUGCUCGUGACCGUCCCGAAGACUGUGUGGCUGGACGGAGACUUGUCUCCUGCUUUCAUCCGGUUUAUGGCUGGACAGAAUCGGUUUCACCUAGGGUCUGGGAUCGACCGCGGGUGCAUUGUGAGGAGCGUUCCGAAGGGAUACCGGGUGGUGGAAGUUUACCCGAAGAUUGACAACUUCAAGGUCAGGUCAUCCAUUGUGCCCUUUGAGGAACGAAUCAAAGAGUCGUACGGCCUCAGCUAUCCCGCCAUUCUUCUUCUUGAGGGAUCCUCGGCAGAUCCGCGCUUGGCGUUGGUGCUCCAAUUUCAAUACCUUUCUCGUCAAGACGGCUCCGCGACCGAGCCAUCUUUUGUGGGAUCUCCAGAGUGGAUGAUCAACCGCGUCAUUAUUAUGCCUAAGGAUAAGAACAUAAAAGAGAUAGCAGGGACAGUGAGUAACCAUCACCAUCUUCACAUCCGACCAGAAGACAUUUGGUUCGCAAUCUUGACGCAACUGAGCUUCUACAUCAAUGCCAACUCUGAAAGUCUCAGCUCCCUCUUUGUCGAGCAUGAGGGGCGCAAGAAGCUUGAAAUCAGGCUCUUAACAUCUACAAUGGCGUCGACUGACUUCGGUGGCCUCGCACAACGCUUCUCCGAAAUGAUCUCCUCAAACGUCAAGGAUGAAGAGUUGCAUGAUUGGAUCAUGCCGUCGUUCACGACCACGUCUGAUAACGACCGCGUGGUUGCAUCGAUCCUGUUCAUGGGAGCAAUGCAAAACUACUUCUCCUACGAGGCACAGCUACUGUGCGGCCUGCCAUCGGUGACCCUACAGGGAGACGUUGCGGACUAUGAAGACAUCCUGGCCCGCCUUCACAAGAUCGAGGAAUUUGGGGACGAGCCAAAGCAAUUCGUGAAGUUGAUGAGGCCUAUCCUUGAGAACAUGAUAAUGUCAUUCGAUACCCCCGACAGUCCGCAAGUCGAGGUGUUUUGGAAUAAGAUCGCCACAUUCCACUCCAGAGGCAGUGGCGGCGAUCAUAUAUCUGGAUGGCUUGGUGUCUUUUCCUUCUGGAGCGCAUCGGGCCAGACUGUGAUGGGCUCAUCUGAUGACUGGCAACCUAGUAUUGUCGAUGGCGUUCCGCGAAUGAAGGUGUUGAUGUCAGAAUUUGCGGCUGGGUACGCUUCAGUUCCUGUCAUCAUCAGAGAACCCGAAACGACACACCAUUGCACCAUGUCAGCAGGAUCAAUCGGUAUCCAGGCAGCUCGUGACAGUUCCGGUGGAAACUUCGACGACGGUCUGGAAGACUACUAUGGCAUGCGAGCCGGUCGAGGUGGAAAUUCUUCAUGCCGGUCAUGUGGGUCCCAGAACGCGUGA